AACGUUACUCUGGGAGCGAGGAAGGAUCACAACUUUGGACAACUUCCCUAAGGUCAUUUUAUCCUAUCAGAGAAAUAAUGAAGGUGAUCCAGAAGAGAAAGGAUGGGACAGUGAACCUUUACCAUGGAUGGGACCAAUACAGGAGUGGGUUUGGGCAGGCAUCUGGAGAGUACUGGUUAGGCCUAGAAAACAUCCAUCUCCUCACUCAGAGGAAGAGGUAUGAGUUGAGGGUGGACCUGGGAGACUUCGAAGGAGCUAAAGUCCACAUGCAGUACUCCUCCUUCUCUGUCGACUCUGAGCAUGAAGGAUACAAGCUGCAUUUAAGUGGCUUCAAAGAUGGAGGUGCUGGUGAGUCUAAAGAACAUUUCCAUUUCUCCUCCUUUCCCGUGAAACAACAGUAUUACCAAUCUGAAAGGACUACUUGGUCGAUACAGUCUGAAGAAAGUUACACUGUAAAUGGAAAUGUUGAACAAUCCCUUCUGCAUUUCAGGAAAAUCUAUGGAUGAACACAAUGGGCAGAAGUUCUCCAUCUUCGACAAAGACCAGGGCAUUCACACUUCAAACGGUGCUAAAUCAUAUCUAGGAUGAUGGUGGUAUGGAGAAUGCCACAGUUGUCAAUCCCAACGAGGUAUAUCUGUGGGGCGACUCAAUCUAUUGUAUUGGUAUCAACUGGAUGUAUUGGAAAGGUUAUAAAUACUCUUUAAACACCAUUGAAAUGAAGAUAAGGCCUGUGGUAUAAGUUCAGAACCUCUUACACUCACACUUUGCAUUCAAAUAUUACCUUUCAAAUUAUGAAAAUAUUUGGAAAGCCACUGAAGUUUAAACA